AAGCGAGCCAACGGGUGAAGUGCGCGUGCUCUGUCACCGCCGCUGCUGCUUCAGAGGAGAGAAGCCGUUUAUUCAGCUGCUGAAUGAGGGACAGAACGGAGGGACCUAUGAACAGAUAGAGGGAUGAGUGAGUGAGUGAGUGAGUGAAUGAACGGAUCCCAACCUGGGCUUCUUCCAGAGUACCGAGUCGGUGAGAAGACACAAACAACGAUUUGGACGUCACUCCGCUCUGCCACCGACCCAGUAGAACUCAGUAGAGUCCAGCGAAGGCCCGACUGCAUCAGCAGAAAUGGCUCCAGCAGCCAUGUCCGUGCCUCCAUCCUCUCUCACCUCCCACCACCACUCCCGCCUCUCCUCACCUCUCCUCUCCUUCCUCCUCUCCGCCUUUCUCCUCCUGUCCUGUCCUGGAUCGGUGCACGCAGGCUCAUCUGAGGCAAACUGUUCAGCUAGCGGAGACCCCUGUCAGGAAGGAGUGGUACUGCCUGUGUGGUACCCUCAGAACCCCUCUGUGGGGGACAAAGUGGCACGCGCCAUUGUUUACUUCGUAGCACUCAUCUAUAUGUUCCUGGGCAUGAGCAUUAUAGCGGACCGAUUCAUGUCUUCUAUAGAGGUCAUCACCUCCCAGGAGAAGGAAAUCACCAUAAAGAGGCCGAAUGGUGAGACCACCACCGCCACGGUCAGGAUCUGGAAUGAGACCGUCUCUAAUCUCACUUUAAUGGCCUUGGGUUCCAGUGCCCCCGAGAUACUGCUGUCAGUUAUUGAGGUGUGUGGUCACGGUUUCAAGGCUGGCUCUCUGGGUCCCAGCACUAUCGUGGGCAGCGCUGCCUUCAACAUGUUCAUCAUCAUCGCCCUGUGUGUGUACGUGGUUCCUGAUGGAGAGACGCGCAAAAUCAAACACCUUCGGGUGUUCUUCGUCACGGCGGCCUGGAGUAUCUUCGCCUACAUCUGGCUUUACCUGAUACUGAGUGUCUUUUCCCCUGGAGAAGUGGAGGUGUGGGAGGCGGUGUUGACCUUCCUCUUCUUCCCGCUCUGUGUUGUCCAGGCCUGGGUGGCCGACCGCCGCCUCCUCUUCUACAAGUACGUCCGCAAGCGUUACCGCGCUGACAAGCACCGCGGCAUCAUCAUUGAGACGGAGGGAGGGCCGGACGGAGAGAUGAGUAUGGGCAGAGGCGGAGCACUGGGUCCAGGGGGGUUCACCAAGAUGGACAUGCUGGAGCUGGACGGACAGAUGGCCUUGAAUUGUCACAGCGGGAUGGAUGGAGGGAUGAUGGAAGAGGGAGGAGCCAAGGACGAGGAGGACGAGGCCAGAAGGGACAUGGCGAGGACGCUGAAGGACAUGAAGCAGAGGCACCCAGACAAAGACAUGGAACAGCUGAUUGAGAUGGCUAAUUAUCAGGUCCUGAUGCAGCAGCAGAAGAGCAGAGCGUUUUACCGUAUCCAGGCAACCAGGAUGAUGAUUGGAGCUGGCAACAUCCUCAAGAAGCACGCUGCUGACCAGGCUCGCAAGGUGGUGAGCAGCAAUGAGACCCAGGCUCAGGAGGACGACCCUCACACCAUCAAGAUGGAGUUUGAACCCCCUUUGUACCAGUGCUUUGAAAACUGUGGCUCCUUGAAACUGACCGUUGCCAGACACGGAGGAGACUCUGGAGUUACUGUCAAGGUGGAUUAUCGCACCGAGGACGGCACAGCAAACGCAGGUUCGGAUUAUGAGUUUGCAGAGGGAACACUGCUGUUUAAGCCAGGAGAGACCCUCAAAGAGAUCACAGUCGGAGUGAUUGAUGACGACAUCUUUGAGGAGGAUGAGUAUUUCUACGUUCACCUCAGUAACCCUCGAGUGGUUGGUUAUCCUGAGAUUGGCACCGCCCCGCUGGAUGCCAGUGCCACCCCCAAAGCCGUGCUGGGUGACAACCACACAGCCACAGUGACCAUCUACGAUGAUGAUCACGCAGGCAUCUUUACCUUUGAGACGGCCAGUCAGAAGGUCAGUGAGAGCGUAGGUGUGAUGGAGGUGAAAGUGCUCAGGACUUCGGGGGCCCGAGGCCUGGUAGCCGUUCCCUACCGAACCGUGGAUGCCAGCGCUAGGGCAGGGGAGGACUACGAACUGGCCGCUGGCAAGCUGGAGUUUCAGAAUGACGAGACCAUGAAGAUCAUCGAGGUGAAGAUUAUUGAUGAUGAGGAGUAUGAGAAGAACAAGAACUUCAUCAUCGAGCUGGGAGAGCCUGUUCUGUUGGAGAUAGGGCAGAAACACGGUGACUCAAAUGAGAACAAGCCAUUGGUGGGAGCAGAGGAUGAAGAGGUGGCCAAGAUGGGCUGUCCCAGUCUGGGCGAACACACACAAGUAGAGGUGGUCAUAGAAGAGUCCUACGAGUUUAAGAGAGCAGUAAAUACUCAUCUUUGGCGCGUUGAAAAGAAUACGGUGGAUAAGUUGAUCAAGAAGACAAACCUGGCCUUGGUGGUGGGAAGCAGCAGCUGGAGGGAGCAGUUUGUUAGUGCCGUUACUGUCAGCGCAGGAGAUGACGACGACGAGGAGAGCGGCGAGGAGCGGCUGCCGUCCUGCUUCGACUACAUCAUGCACUUCCUCACCGUCUUCUGGAAGGUUCUGUUCGCCUUCGUCCCGCCCACGGAGUACUGGAACGGCUGGGCCUGCUUCAUUGUCUCCAUAUCACUUAUUGGCGUCCUGACGGCAGUCACCGGCGAUCUGGCAUCACACUUCGGCUGCACGGUAGGACUGAAGGACUCGGUGACGGCCGUGGUGUUUGUGGCGCUGGGAACAUCGGUACCAGACACAUUCGCCAGCAAGGUUGCCGCCAUCCAGGACCAGUACGCUGACGCCUCCAUCGGCAACGUCACCGGCUCCAACGCCGUCAACGUUUUCCUUGGCAUCGGAGUGGCGUGGACCAUCGCCGCCGUCGUCUGGCGCUCCAAGGGCGAGGUGUUCAAGGUGGACCCAGGAAACCUGGCCUUCUCUGUCACCCUCUUCACCAUCAUGGCCCUGUUGUGUGUGAUCACACUGCUGUACCGGCGGCGGCCGGGGGUGGCCGGUGGCGAGCUGGGCGGGCCGCGGACUUGCAAGAUAAUAACGUCGCUGCUGUUCGUCUCCAUGUGGCUGAUUUACAUCCUGCUGGCUUCACUGGAGGCCUACUGCCAUUUACCAGUGUUUUAAAUGGAGAGCAGAGAGGAGGGAGAGAGACCCACUGCCAAUAUGAAGAGAGAGAGAGAGAGAGAGAGAGAGGGAGGGAUGGAUGGAGGAGUCUUCAAACAGGAACGAGACGAGGAGAGAUGGGUAGAAGAGGUGGAUUGAUAUGGGCCGAUUCUGAUAUUUUUUUAUGGAGUCAGCAGAUCUUUCCAUGUCCUCUUCUUUUUAAAAGUCCAAAACACUUUUUCAGUGUUUCAGAUAGAUUUAUUUUUAUCUUUCCAUUUAUUAAUUUCCUGAAAAAGAGUGUAUACCAUUAUGAAAGACUAAAACUCUCCAAUUAUAUCCAAACAAUUUUCUUUUACAUGAGCAGCUUCAUCACCAUCUGACAACACUGUUUACUAGUUAAUAAAAGGCUGAUAUCGUUCCAGUAUACUGCCAAAACAGCGGGAGAAAAGAAAAGCCGGCCUCUGACGGGGAAAACGAAGAUAAAAAAAAAGAAGAUAAAAGUGGAAAGGUUGGGGGAGAGGAGGCUGGAGGCAACAGCACUAGAGAAAGGUCUGGAUACAGCCGAUGGAGAGACUAGAGAAAAAGUAAGAGAAGAACAGAUGGGAAAAAAAUGUUCUACACCCCCUCCUCACUCUCUCGCUACUUCUGUCCAUACUGUAUCUCGUCGUCAUGGGAAUGGUGGAUCCUCCCAUUAUACCCACUGAACUUUAUGCAGUAUAAUACUACCAGUGAGUCGUUCCUUUUAACCCCUCUACCCCAGACUGUGCACACACACAUACAUACACACACACACACAUACAUACACAGACUGUACACUCCGUUUCCGACAAACACUCUACAGACUGUACACACUCCUCCGUCCCUUCCUCUUUCUUUACUCCUAUCUCUCCUGUAGGAAUUGUCUUAAAGUUGUGAUAAUGAAACGCCGUAGUCACCACCAACCGACCAACCCUCUUUUUAAUCGAGCCAAUCCCAAGUCCUUCUCCUUUUAUCAUUAUAUUCUAUCAACAGCCUCGUCACACGAAGGAAACUCACCCUCUUUUUUUUCUAAACUUUUCAAUGGCGUCACGUGUUGAUGUUGUUACCGUGCAAUUGUAAAAAGAAACAAGAAAAAAAGAAGACAUAUAAAGUAUAGAGAGAUGGAGAUAAGCAAAGUUAAAGCAGGUUUGGAAGAUAGAAUGUAACAUGGAGGAUCGAGAUUGAUUAGCACCUGGAAGGAAUCUCAAAAGUGGGAUGGAGAAGCAAAAAAAAAAGAAAUGUUGGAGUGAAGAUUAGAAAUGUCUGGAGAACCAACAAGCAAGCGGUCCACCUAGUAAUUGUUGUCUUUCUUGGAAUGAAGAAGCGUUGUGCACUUGUGAGGUACACUGUUUACACGUUUAAUGUUGCAUUAAAUGGGCCGGGAAACAAGCGUGUGAACAAGCGGAAACGGAAAUGCACGAUAGCAAAGUGGGACCAGUCAGGAUCUCACUGGUUGUGACUUUGGCAAGGACUAAGAAGAUGACAGCGACGGCAGUGUUGUUGAUGACAAAUCAAAACUAUAACCAUACCCAGUGUUUCUAAUUGUACAUGAUAAUAUAAGAAACUUUUAUUGAUGUGUGUGAGAAAACACUGCUAUUUAAUUUAUGUGAAGCCCCCCCCCCUCUUUGUAAGGAAAAGCCUGGAGAAGGAAAAGAAAAAUCCAUGUGCCCUUUUUUCCUCUGAAACACAGUUCAAGAAGACAUUUAAAGGAAAUCCAAGGAAAAAAAAAAAGGCUAAAACUAGAGAUGAUUUAUUGACA